GGAGUGGGAUGAGGAGGGGGAAUGCCAGGUUCCUCGUGAGCAGAGUUGGUCCUGUUCAGUUUCUCAUGAUGGACACAGAAAAUAUCUUGGAGGAGAGUGGACACACUUAUCUGCAGAGAGGGUCUUAGAUUGUCUUGUAGGUUAAUUCAAGGGAUGCCAGCAAACAUUCGUUCUUUUUUUUUUUUCCCUCCCUUGCAGAGACAAUUAGAUCAUUUCCCCUUACAUUUUUCAUCAUUAGAAGCCUAUAAUUUCAUGUAUCACUCAGCUAUGCACUAAGGAAAUGUGUAAGUGCAGAUUUGGCCAGGACACUUGGUCCCUCCAGAUUUUGCAAACCCUGACCCACCACUCUAGAGCCAAGCAUCUCUCUUGUAGGGGGAUCCCAUCAAACAAAACCAGCUGGACUUGGAGGAGGUGCUUCGGCCUUUUGUCAGGUAAUUAUGGGCCUUUUGGGUUUCUCCAGUGGCUGUGGUGUAUGGUGUGGGUGUUAGCAAACUCCAUACAAUGGCAGGCCAUUAGGGAGUCCACUGACUAGGCCAGUCAGUACUGGGUUUUCUUCUGAAAACAGGGCCAGCACCUUUUGCCUUUUGAUGUACUGGCCAGUUGGCCAGGGGAGACUGGAGUGCUUGGGCGUUUUGGGUUCAGCUUGUGUGUGAGUGGGAGACUGUAAGGAAAGUUUUGCGGACUAUGAGAAUGGGAACAGAACUGCUGUUCCCUUGUGUUGACUUGUGUGUAGAAAUGUAAAUAGUGCUAAGUGGCCUUGUGUAACACAUGUUGGGAUGGGGGGGGGGGAUGCCCCCAGUGUCCUACUGUCCUGGAUAAAACUUCCCCAUUGCUGGCCAAGGUCCCCCAGUUCACCUCCCUGAAAGCUAAAUGUUCUGAUUGGAAACCUAGUUCCUUCAGUGAUUCCCUAUUUCAAAUAAAAGGAUUUAAGUUGACGUAUGACCACGUGAGCACAUAAUACAGCGCAUUAUUGUGGCAUUUGGAGCGGAGACCCAGACGGGCUUUGCCUGUGAUUACGUUUUCUAGAUUCUCUACAGAGCGAGAGCUUUCCCCCCACCCCCACGCACCCACCUCCUCCUUCUUCCCCUUCUCCGGAGAGCGCUCUUCUAGCGGGUUGCAGUUUUCAGCGCUCAUGGAGCGGUUCUGGGCGAGCUAGCCGAUGGGACUCCAGGCCACACCGGGAGAAUGGCAUUUAUUUUAAGGUCUGCGCGGGGCGGCCAUUGGCUGCGGAGCGUCACGUGACCGCGGGGGCGUGCCAAUGUGCGCCCUCACGGGUGUCAAGCCCCUGUCAGAGUGUGCGAUCAAGAUCGUGAAACAACGCGAUGCAAAAAGCGACCUACUACGACAGUUCGGCGAUCUACGGUGGCUACCCUUACCAGGCAGCCAACGGGUUCGGUUAUAAUGCCAAUCAGCAGCCGUACCCGGCAUCCACAGCGUUGGGCGCCGAUGGCGAGUACCACCGACCCGCCUGUUCACUCCAGUCGCCUGCAAAUGCUGGGAGCCACCCCAAGGCGCACGAGCUGAGCGAGGCCUGUCUGCGCACCCUGAGCGGUCCGGCCAGCCAGCCUCCGGUUCUCGGCGAGCCGCCCCUGGCCCCACCGCCACCCCAGGCUGCGCCCCCUGCCCCACCGCAGCCUCCAGCUCCGCCUCAGCCCCCUGCACCCACCCCUGCCGCGCCCCCGCCCCCCUCUUCAGUCUCCCCACCUCAGAAUGGCAGCAGCAACCCCACCCCCGCCAGUGCAGCCAAGAGCCCCCUACUCAACUCGCCCACCGUGGCCAAACAAAUCUUCCCCUGGAUGAAAGAGUCUCGGCAAAACACAAAGCAGAAAACCAGCGGCUCCAGCUCAGGGGAGAGCUGCGCAGGUGACAAGAGCCCACCUGGGCAGGCAUCAUCCAAGAGGGCGCGCACGGCCUACACAAGCGCGCAGCUGGUGGAACUAGAGAAGGAAUUUCACUUCAACCGCUACCUGUGCCGGCCGCGCAGGGUGGAGAUGGCCAACCUGCUGAACCUCACUGAGCGCCAGAUCAAGAUCUGGUUCCAGAAUCGACGCAUGAAGUACAAGAAGGAUCAGAAGGGCAAGGGCAUGCUGACGUCAUCAGGGGGUCAGUCCCCAAGUCGCAGUCCCGUGCCCCCCGGCCCUGGCGGUUAUCUGAACUCUAUGCAUUCGCUGGUUAACAGCGUCCCAUACGAGCCCCAGUCGCCCCCGCCUUUCUCCAAGCCCCCUCAGGGCGCCUAUGGGUUGCCCCCUGCCUCCUACCCCGCACCCCUGCCCAGCUGCGCACCGCCGCCGCCUCCACAGAAGCGCUACACGGCGGCAGGGGCGGCCGCGGGGGGCACACCCGACUAUGAUCCACACGCGCAUGGCCUGCAGGGCAACGGCAGCUAUGGGACUCCACACUUACAGGGAAGCCCCGUCUUCGUGGGGGGCAGCUAUGUGGAGCCCAUGAGCAACUCUGGCCCGCCCCUCUUUGGCCUAACUCACCUGCCCCACGCCGCCUCGGCUGCCAUGGACUACGGGGGCGCUGGGCCACUGGGUAGCGGUCACCAUCACGGGCCCGGGCCAGGGGAACCGCAUCCAACCUACACGGACCUUACCGCCCACCAUCCUUCUCAGGGAAGAAUUCAGGAAGCCCCCAAGCUCACCCAUCUGUGAUGGUGGGCUUGGGGCUGCGCGCCAGGAGAGUCCCCCCACCCCACCCCACCCCACCAUCUUUCUUCAUUUGCUUUUUUUGUUUUAAGGUUCUUUCUGCACCUCCCUUUCCUCUCUCCUCCACCCGCCCCCGCUCUCCCCCCACCCGUUUUGUUUUCUUUGGUAACACGUUUUUAUGGUUUAUGUGACGUAGCAAUCUUGGUUGCUGGAAUGGCUGUCGGUAUCAGUAGUAAUAUGUAUCUGCUCCCGCCCCUCGCUGGGCCGCUGGCCUUGCACCCUUUACCUUCUCUACUCUUUGAUCAGAAACAGGGUAUAUGAACAAAUUUUCUAGCCAAGUUGUUCAAUGUGAAUUUGUUCGUACAUUAUGGCUCCCGAGGGGAAGCAAUUACUUUUAAUUUUUAGUUUUUUUUUUUAUUGCACUUCUUGUAAAGAGCGAGAAAAAAUCAAAGGCGCUUUGAGACAGGGGCUCCCUGUACAAGGAUGACUAAGUGUACGUCUUUCCGUGUGUGUAUGCUGGUGAAGUCAGAUUUAUUUAUAUUUUUUUUGCAAGCAUUGAAUAAUCUAAGUUUUAAAUAUUAUUUAUCCCCAUCCGUCUGUAUUUAUAUUAAAGAAAUUCUGUACCCUGAUUGUUCAGAAGGUUUCUUGGGCCUUUUGUUCAAUGGUGUAUUGGCGUACAUAGAAAAAAAAUUUUUAUUCGAAAGGGAAGUAUAAUUCCUUUAUAAAGAUGGUAAUGAUGCAAUAAUACCAGAGAGGAUCCAGCUUUUGAAAACAGUGAUCUAGGUUUGUAACAUCCGGCGAAACUGGGAAAAAAAAUGUGUAAACGCAAAAAAUGCUAGAUUUGUUUUGAGAGUUCUACAUUCCUUGCUGCUCACAUUCUGAGAAACAAAACAAAAAAAAAAAUAAAGUUUUUAUUCUGAAUAA